CGGGGCGCGGGGCGCGGGGCGGCGGCGGCUGCGCGGGCCGCGCAUGGGGCUGAGCAAUUAGGCUGGUGAAUAAUGCAUGGCCAUUAGCGGAGGGCCGCGCCGAUUGGCCGGGCUCCAGCGGACUCCGGCGGCCUAUGCAAAUGAGGCCGCGCUCGCAAUUAGCGGCCGCGCCGGCGAGGAGGGGGCCGCGGCGCCUCGAGACCGGGGCGCGCGCUGCCCGGCGCCGCCUCACAUCGCGGGCUCCGGCGCCGCGCUCCUCGGCCGCCCCCGGUGCGGCUCUGGCGGGGCCCGGGUGCGGCGCGGGCCGCGGUGGCCGUCCCUCCGCAGGGCGCAGGCAGCAAACUUUGGCGGCGUCCGCGCGGCGCCGUCUCCGCCGGCGCGCCGGGCUCGCCCCUUUAUAGAGUGUCUGCGCCGCCGCCCGCGCCCCCCCCGCCGCCGCCGGGCGGCCCCUCCCGGAGCGAGCGGCCGCGGGCAGGGCUCCGACCCGGCGCCUUUGUCUCGCCCGGGCCGCUCGGGCGCCGCGCCUCCUGCUCCGGGCGCGCGGGGUCGGCCGGCCGCCUUCGCUGCUCCGCCGCGGCUCUCGGCGCCGCUCAGCGCGGCGGGCCCGCUCGGGCUCAGGUGCCCCCCGCUCUCCGGACCUUCUCGCCCGGCCCCGCGUCCCUUCCGCGGGCUUCCCCCGGCGGCCGGCCGGGCUCGGAGGCUCGCGGCCGGAGCGGAGCGGAGUGCGCACGCCGGGGUGGCAGGACUUCGGCAAGACCAACUUUCCGUGGCCCUGUAUGGUGUGAAGCGUCAGCACAGAUGGCCUCCCGGAGCUUCCCCGAGUCGUUCGCUGGGGGAAGCGGGCGGUGAGCGGCCGACCCGGGGCGCUCCGCAGGCCGCGAGCUCCUGGCAGGGCUGCUGGUGGGGGUCCGCCUGGGGGAGGAAUCCCCGCCUGCUCCAUCGGACCCGGCCUGGCGUGGCUCGCGGCGCUCGGCGGGCUCCCUUCCAUUCUAGAAUCUUCCCGCUUGCUUCCCAGCCCGCGUUCUCCCGCCCGCCUUUAAUUGUAAGAAGACACAGGUUCCCACGGCGUCUGACGCCUGCGGAGCAAGUCCAGAGCCAGCUGGACUCGCAGCCUCUGGCCCGGCGGCACCAACUCCUCACUGGGUGUGGACGUGGGGAAGAUCUUCUGAGUCCCUCCAACGAAGGCAAGUGUGCGACUCUGGCCCUUUAUUUGUAAGAAGCAAGCCUUCAGAUUGCAGAAGUGUUGCGCGGGUCGCCGUGCGUUGUGCGAGUGGGAAGAUGGAGGAGGCUGGCACGGUGCUUUCGUGGACGCAAGUGAACCGGGCGUGAAGGCAGGGUGCGAGCUCUGCCCUUGGCCCAGCCCUGCGUGGGCGCCAUCCCAGAUUCCGGGCGGUGCGAGGUGCAGAGAUCUGGAGAGAGUUACGGGUUCCCCAGCGCAGGCUGCUUUGGGAUUUCGUUGGAAGAUCCGGCAGAGCCUUGGAGGAGAGGGCCCGGGAGGCUGUGUGUGCAGCGGAAACUUGUACGAAUGCCCCCACAGCUGAAGUGGCGCUCACGAGUAAUUUCUGCGGUGCACCCUUUUAAAAAUUGACUUAAGUGAACAAGAUGAAUUUUUUAAGAAAGCAAAGGUAGAAAAUAAAAGGCGUGCGACUUCUUGACUGGCUUGUUCCCGCUUUUCUUCCUUCUCUAUACUCAGAUCAGAAACUUUAAUUGCUCUUACUCAGUGCGACAACUUUUAAUAACAGCGUUUGCAUUUUAAGCCUGAGUUGCAACCAUAGAUUUAUUGCGAAGUGACAGCGUGUCUACGGAAUAUUUUCGCAGAUGAGACAGGACGUGCGCUCUAGUCGUGCCCAGAUUAAAGGGACGCUGGGCCAUGUGCCUGUGUAGUGCAGACUCGGAGGGGCACACACAUACUCGUCAUCACAUGAUCACUGUCUCUUAAUAUUGUCAUACCUAAACACUCGCAAAAACAAAAGUUGCUUUUCUUCCCUGUAAUUAAAUGUAAUUUGUUAAUUGUC